AUGAAUUUAAUUCCACUUUAUUUACAACUAAUAUAAUUAAUUAACGGACAGAUAGUUUUGAAGUAACAGUGGAAAUACAGACGUAUACAGAUAAGUAGAUACUGUAAAGUGAAGUAACAAGAUGAAUAUUAGUUGCACCUCAUCUUUAACUUCUUACUUUAUCCAGCUUAGAUAUAUUUAUUCAUGUUAACAUCAUUUAUUUUAAGUCUGAUGAAAAUAAAAUACUGGUAAUAUACAAAUUAUAUACAGUUUUGUUUGAGCAGUUAUUGACGAGCAGGGAUGUGAUCAUGAAUUCAACGAAAGCAGGAAAACAUAAAAUCAGUGGGGGUAAAGAUUAGAAAUCAGAAAGCCUCUUUAUGUGGAUUUUUGUAAUUUAGUUUUAAUUUUUAUUUAAGUGUCAGUUUAGGUUGUUGUGCAGUGUGUGUUUGUUUUUAAUGUAUACAGUAUGUAUGUAACCUUAUUUUAGUGGCAGUAUUUAUAUUAGUAGUCAUGAUAGACAAAUGAUAUUUCUAGCAAGAUCUUUAAUUUAGCUUAAUUUGGUUUCAACUAUAGAUUUUGCAUUUUUGGUAGAUUUGUAAGGUAGUAAGUAAAACAAUAGAUAGAUAAAUAUCCAUUUAUCCUGUCAGAGCCUGUUGAAUCUCCCCUCUGCACGUAAACCUGUGGCUGUAUGUGUUUCAUUGACUGUCGAGCUCUAUGAUACCAGACUGAGCUUUGUAUUUCCAUAUUUUUAUUUUCUGCCUCCCUUUCAGGUGUGAGAAAUCACAGAUUUAAUCUUUCAACAUGGAAGAUAAUAACACCCAGGACACUGAAGGAGACCUGUUCUCCUCCGCCUCCUCAGACUACAAAGCGCAAAAGUUCCUUGGGUGCGGUACAUUUGGAGAAGUCCUCCAGUGCAGGAACUUAACCACCAAUGAAACGGUGGCUCUGAAAUUCAUAAGACACGAAAGACACGUUGAGGAGGCAAAGCAUGAGGAAGCGCUCCUCAAAAAGAUACAAUCGCUGAACUCCAACAAGUUUAACAUCGUUAGGUGGAUCGACUCCUUCACCUACGAGGGACUUUAUUGUCUUGAGUUUGAGAAACUGGACAUAAGUCUUCUUCAAUUCGUGCAGACAAGCCCUUCUGAGUGUCUUGAACUGAAGGAGAUCCGACCCAUUCUGCAACAGUUGGCUACAGCGAUGCAGUUUCUAGCGAGCACAGGAAUUGUUCAUGCAGAUCUUAAGCUCGACAAUAUUAUGAUGGUGGAUCACCUAAGGCAGCCAUUGAGAGUCAAAGUCAUUGACUUUGGCUUAGCCUUUCCGGUUUCCGAGGCAAUGCCGGGUUCAACUCUUCAGGCCCAGUGGUACAGAUCUCCAGAGAUUCUGCUGGGAGCCCCCUUCAACGAGGCUAUUGACAUCUGGUCUCUGGGCUGCAUUGCUGCUGAAAUGUUUAUGGGCAAUGUCCUGUUCCCUGGCAAGGAUGAGUAUGACAUGAUGAGGCAUAUGGUAUACACUGUUGGAAAGCCACCAGAUCAUCUCCUCAGUGCUGGACUGUAUUCCUUUAAGUAUUUUAAUGCUAUGUAUUUAGGACAGACACCAAUCCAGUGGAGAUUUAAGUCAUCACUGGAAGCUCGACAUUUUAUCUUCACCCCACGCACCAUUAACAGCCUAAAUGAUCUGCUAGAGCACAAUCUGAUAUAUGAACUCUCACGAGAAGAUGCUGAAGCAGAUCAAUGUGACCGGGCAAGCUUUGUUGAUUUAUUAACAAGGUUACUGAAGGUGGAUAUGUCAGAAAGGAUAACACCAAGCCAAAUUCUUCAGCAUCCUUUCAUAACAAUGACCCACCUCGAAGGCUUUAACAACAGCCUGCAUGUUCAAUCCUGCUCGGACCUGAUGAGCGUCUGUCAGAGUCUCAGUUUGGAUGACGGUGAGGAUGUGGCUGAGUCGCAAACGUGCGUGAACGACAGGACAUCCAACAGCACCGCCAGUCCGGCCCAACACAGCGUCACCAAUGAGGGUCACCCUGCUGGGCUUAGCGGUGAGAAGCGGCCCCAGAGCCCUGACAUCAGUGGAGAAAGCAGUCAAGUAAAGAAAAGAAAGAGAGAUGGUGCUGACAAAUCUGCUGACUGUGGCAACAGAACUCCAGACACCUCCCCUGCAAAGAAAAGCCGGACAGGAUGUCUGGAUCCAGUUCCAGCAGAGACAAAGUCACUCCAGCAAAAAAGAAAGAGGGAUGACACUGAUCUUUGCACCUCUUUUGACAACUCCCCAGCAAAGAAAAGCUGGACAGGAUGUCGGGAUCCAGUUCCAGCAGAGACAAAGUCACUCCAGCAAAAAAGAAAGAGGGAUGACACUGAUCUUUGCACCUCUUUUGACAACUCCCCAGCAAAGAGGAUCUGCCCCGACAUCAGUGGAGAAAGCAGUCAAGUAAAGAAAAGAAAGAGAGAUGGUGCUGACAAGUCUGCUGACUGUGACAACAGAACUCCAGACACCUCCCCUGCAGAGAAAAGCCGGACAGGAUGUCUGGAUCCAGUUCCAGCAGAGACAAAGUCACUCCAGCAAAAAAGAAAGAGGGAUGACACUGAUCUUUGCACCUCUUUUGACAACUCCCUAGCAAAGAGGAUCUGCGUAAAUGUGGAUAAAGAGCUGACAGACAGCGUCAAAAACUCUGAACUCCCCGACCCAGAAAAUAGCCCAGCCAGCACAUCCCGGGUCAGCCCUCUCACGAAGAGGAAGAGAGAUGAUGAGGAGGAGUCAGGAUCAUGUGAAACCUCCCCCCACAAAAGGAGGAGGGAAAAUCUGUCUGAAGGAGGAGAGGGAGCCAACCAGACAUAGAACAACAGCAGUGCAUCCUGCCAGUCAGACUCAAUGCUGCUCAGAUCUUCAAUUUAUUUGUUCUUUUUUUUCCUUCUAUUAUUAUUUUUUUCAUUUUUCUUUUCCUUUAAUAAUUGUAAAUUCUAAUAAAUUCUUAAG